AUGUUCUCAACAAAAUAUGUUUUAAUAUUUUACCUAGUAUUUCUUUCUGUAAAAUCUAAUAAUAUCAUUGAUGUGGAUGAUAUUUUAUCGGAAAAUUUCAUGCCCAGUUCCUUACUAGUUCUGGAAAAUUCAGGCGACUCAGUGAAUAAUUUCAAUAAAACUUUGGAUGAAGUUUUGGAAAACAAGCCCAAGCUAGAUGGGUCUUUCAAUAGAGCUAUGGAGACUAUGGGAUUUCAUAGAAAUAAAAUGAACGAAUAUUUGUGCAGAAGUUACGUGGCCGAACAAAUUUUAUCAGAGAUGACUUUGGGGAAAAUUAAACGAAGGAUGGGGACCGAUAUUUUACUACCAGGCCCUUCAAAAGUACAACUGGCAGUUAAGAAUGAGCUUUUGGAAGACGAGGGAUCUUCAACAUACAAAAACUGGUUGGAAAAAAGUACCACUUUAGAAGACAUUUACCGUCACUAUGACCCACCUGAUGCAACCAAACCCCCUGAUUUAAACCGGGAAGAUUUCGAGAUAGAAGUGGAAGACGAGAAAGAUGAAGAAGACGAAGAAGACGAUGUAAAUCAGUAUGCCAACCUUAAAACCAAAAAACCUCCAAAGUUAAAUCAUAGAGGGCACAGCGGGGGCGGUGUAAUGUACGGGGGUGGCAAGCCUUAUUAUGGGGGAGUGGGGGAGAGUUACCAACCUGGCGGGUACUCAUACCCUAGUAAUGAAUAUGGGGACGUUUAUCAUACUAGUGGAGCUGCAGGUCACAGUUUGGUUCACUCAGGUUAUGGCGACGUUCAUAUAACCCCGGAACAUCAGGAACAACACGUGAUUCAUCACAGACCAAAGUACAAUCACAGCGACAAGGACCACGACUUAUCAGAUUUGUUCGAGAUUGCUCUAACGGCACUCGCCUACUUAUCUUUCGGCAUGUUCGUUAUACAUGUCAUUAUGUGCAUAUCCAUGACGACAACCGGUACUACCACUACAGCAACUGCGAUGAUGAUGCCGAUGAGCAUGAGUCCAACUGCAACGGGUACCGGUACCGGUACCGGAACAGCAACCGGAACAGGUGGAGGUGGAGGUACGACUAUGACAGAUGGCGGCACCACUGGUACAGGUGAGGGAACAGACAUGGGUACUGCUGCAGGUUCCGACGGUGGUACCACCGGUGGAAUGGAUAUGGGUACCGCUGGAGGAUCCGAUGGUGGUACCACUGGUGGUACCGCUGGAGGUUCCGAUGGUGGUACCACUGGUGGUACUGCCGGAGGUUCCGAUGGUGGUACCACUGGUACCGGUGAAGGUGCCGACGGCGGUACCGAUGCGGGUUCCACUGGAACCGGUGGUGGUUCUAAUGGUUCCGAUGCUGGUGGUGGUACCACUGGUACCGGUGACGGCAUGGAUGGUGGUACCGGUGGUGGCACCACUGGUAUGGACGCUGGAACCGGCGGUGGUACUGGUGGUGGUACCACUGGUACCGGUGACGGCAUGGAUGCUGGUACCGGUGGUGGUACCACUGGUAUGGAUGCUGGUACCGGCGGUGGUUCCGACGGUGGUUCCACCGGUACCGGUGGUGGUACCGAUGGUACGGGGGACGGUAUGGAUGCUGGUACAGGUGGUGGGACGGAUGGUAGUACUGGUAGUGAUGGUACCGGUACCGGUCGUGGUACCACUGGAGGAGAUGGUGGAGGGGCAGAUACAGGAGCAGGAACCGGAACCGGCACAACAGGAACCGGAACCGGAAAAGACUCAUUCCAAUUCAGACUUAAAAGAGACAUUCCCACAAUAACAAACCCAGACAACCAUGCCUUAAACGAACUGGCUAGAAGAAUCCUAACCUCAAUAGAAGCAGCUCUAAUAGCCAAUAGCGAUAAUGGAGAAUGUCUGAGAAAAUCUCUAUGCUAUAACAAUAAAUAUUCAAGGACUUUGAAGAACGAUAACAAACUGUGGAUACCUGUUUGGAGUUUGGGUAUGAGCUGGAUGUCUGGAAGAGUUGUAAAAAAUGUUACUUCAGCCACCUCAAUGCUGGAUAGUUUAAAAGCGUCUAUUUUGGGUUUAGGAAAAGCAAAUUGUGAAAUACUUUACCAAAAAUGCGAAUUGCAAAAUGAAAGAAGAAAAAGAAGACGUAGAAGACGUAAGAGGAAUGCAAGGAAAUAAACUAGUGAAUAA